AUGACAAGUUUACCACCACAAAUGGGAUAUAAAGAUUCUGAUAUUUCUAAAUUAUACCCUCCUGAGCUCUCCUUACACUCUGUUCAAAUAGUGUUUCGCCAUGGUGAAAGAACACCGAUUUUUUCGGGUCUUAAGAUUUUUGGUUUUCCUAUAAAGUGGAAUGUUUGUCAUUCUGUAGAUCGUUUUUUUUCAGCUGUUAAAAUUUCAGAUUCUAAAACUUUAAGUAAUCAGAAUUGGGAUUAUUUAAAGUAUAAGAGAAAAAUCGAAACAAUGGAUAAGGAUGGGAGUUUUAAAAGAAUUGAAGAUGAUGGUGCUUGUAUGACAGGACAAUUGACAGAUAUUGGUCGAGAAUCCACUUUGAAUUUAGGAAAAAGGUUACGGAAACUAUAUGUUCAUCAAUUGUCAUUUCUUCCAGAAUUUAUUUCUAAGUCUUCUGAAAUAUACAUACGAACAUCGGAUAUAUCACGAGCUUUGGAGUCUGCGCAACAAGUAUUUUCUGGGUUGUAUCCUCCUACGUUUAGAAAGUCUACAUUUGAAGCUGAAUUUUGCGUAAGGGAGCUUUUUAAUGAGAAUAUUUUUCCUAAUGAUGAUCGAUGCAAACGAUUACGUACAUUGUUAAACCAAUUUUCGGAAUUUGCUUCUAAGACAUGGGAUCCAAUAUUAGCUUCUAGAACGUCUAAGAAACUAUCGAAAUAUAUCGACGGUAAAAUAUCAAUGAAAGGACCUGUUAAUGUAUUUGAGUUAUAUGAUAUAAUAUGUACUGCUAUAGGAAAUGGUAUUAAGAUUCCUGAUGAGCUAUAUGAUGAAGAAUUAAGGAAAGAUCUUGAAUUAGCUUCUAUUAGUGAGUGGUUUGAUGGUUAUCGAGAUAAUUUAGAAAUAAGAAAACUUGGAAUUGGCUUGUUUUUAGGUGAAUUGAGAGAUAAUUUUGUAGAAAGUAAGAAAGAUAUGAAUGACAAAAGGAGAAAAAUUUCUUUAUAUGGAGCUCAUGAUACUACAUUGGGUUCAAUUUUGCAAUCUUUGGAUUGUUUUGAUAGAAGGUGGCCUCCAUAUGCAUCACAUAUUGCGUUUGAGUUAUUUAAGAAAGCUCCAAAGUCUUAUUUUCGGUCGUUUUUUCAAAAUGAUGAAUGGUAUGUACGUUUGCGCUAUAAUGAUAUUCCAAUGAUUAUUCCUGAAUGUAAGAAAAAGGGUAAACAUUUGGAUGGUAAUGAAAGUUUUUGUACUUUUGAGGCAUUUCAGAAUAUAAUAUCAAAAAUGGUUCCAAAAGAUUGGAAUAAAGAAUGUUCUUUAGAAUCAUAA